AGGCGGGGCCGCGGCGGGUGAACCGCUGAGGGCAGGCGCGCCUCUCUGCGCAGCGGAGGUCUCCGGGAGUUGAACGCAGGCGUGCGAGCCGCUGGCCAAGGCCGGGGCGACGUAAGGGUGUCAGAAAAGGGCGAUAGGGAUUCUGCCGCGGGGCCUAGACCGCGGGAAGUCCGGGCCCACGUUAGCUUGUGGUGGGCCCAGGAGGCCGCCAGAGCGAGGAGGCUUAAGCGGGACCGGUCAGUACCGGGCCGAGCGGUGGGGAGAGCCCCACUGGGGCCUGACACUCGGGCUUCCCUCAGCGAGGGUGGAGCUACGUUGGAACCUUGUUCCUUAGGGACUGAGGGCCCCUACGGCAUCUGGGCCGUUUCUCCAAGGGGACUGGAAACGGGCCGCAAUGAGGAGUCGGAGUAACUCGGGGGUGCGGUUGGACGGCUAUGCUCGGCUGGUGCAUCAGACCAUCCUGUACCAUCAGAAUCCAGUGACUGGCUUGCUUCCAGCCAGUUAUGAUCAGAAAGAUGCCUGGGUCCGGGAUAAUGUGUACAGCAUCUUGGCUGUGUGGGGGCUGGGCCUGGCCUACCGGAAGAAUGCAGAUCGGGAUGAGGAUAAGGCAAAGGCCUUUGAGCUGGAGCAGAGUGUAGUGAAACUGAUGAGGGGCCUGCUACACUGCAUGAUCAGACAGGUGGAUAAAGUAGAAUCCUUCAAGUAUAGUCAGAGUACCAAGGAUAGCCUCCACGCCAAGUACAAUACUAAGACCUGUGCCACUGUAGUGGGUGAUGACCAAUGGGGACACCUGCAGUUGGAUGCUACCUCUGUAUACCUGCUCUUCUUAGCACAAAUGACUGCUUCAGGACUCCAUAUCAUCCACAGCCUAGAUGAAGUCAAUUUCAUACAGAACCUUGUGUUUUAUAUUGAAGCUGCUUAUAAAACUGCUGACUUCGGAAUAUGGGAACGUGGAGACAAGACCAAUCAAGGGAUCUCAGAAUUGAAUGCCAGUUCAGUUGGAAUGGCAAAGGCAGCCUUAGAAGCAUUAGAUGAACUGGACCUGUUUGGUGUGAAAGGUGGGCCCCAAUCAGUUAUCCAUGUCCUGGCUGAUGAAGUACAACACUGUCAGUCCAUCCUUAAUUCGAUACUCCCCCGGGCUUCAACAUCCAAAGAGGUUGAUGCUAGUCUUCUUUCAGUUGUUUCCUUCCCAGCCUUUGCAGUAGAGGAUAGCCAGUUGGUAGAGCUCACAAAACAGGAGAUCAUUACCAAGCUUCAGGGCCGUUAUGGUUGCUGUCGCUUUCUAAGAGAUGGAUAUAAAACUCCUAAGGAGGAUCCCAGUCGCCUGUACUAUGAACCUGCUGAGCUGAAGUUAUUUGAAAACAUUGAAUGUGAAUGGCCAUUGUUUUGGACAUACUUUAUCCUUGAUGGAGUCUUCAGUGGCAAUGCAGAACAGGUUCAGGAGUAUAGAGAGGCUCUUGAAGCAGUCCUCAUCAAGGGCAAAAAUGGAGUUCUACUUCUGCCAGAGCUAUAUAGUGUUCCUCCUGACAAGGUUGAUGAAGAAUAUCGGAAUCCUCACACUGUGGAUCGAGUCCCGAUGGGCAAGUUGCCUCACAUGUGGGGUCAGUCCCUAUACCUCUUAGGAAGCUUGAUGGCAGAGGGAUUUUUAGCUGCUGGAGAAAUUGAUCCCCUGAAUCGUAGGUUUUCUACUGUACCAAAGCCAGAUGUUGUGGUUCAAGUCUCCAUUCUAGCUGAGACAGAAGAAAUCAAAGCCAUUUUGAAGGACAAAGGAAUUGAUGUAGAGACCAUUGCUGAGGUGUACCCCAUCAGAGUACAGCCAGCUCGUAUUCUCAGCCACAUUUAUUCCAGCCUAGGAUGCAACAGUAGAAUGAAACUCAGUGGUCGACCCUACAGACACAUGGGAGUCCUUGGAACUUCAAAACUCUAUGACAUUCGAAAAACUAUCUUUACUUUCAUGCCACAGUUCAUAGACCAGCAACAGUUCUACCUGGCUCUGGACAACAAGAUGAUAGUGGAAAUGCUUAGAACAGACCUCUCCUACCUCUGUAGCCGUUGGAGGAUGACAGGCCAGCCCACCAUCACCUUCCCCAUCUCACACACAAUGAUUGAUGAAGAUGGAACCAGCUUGAAUUCAACUAUCUUGGCAGCACUCCGCAAAAUGCAAGAUGGCUAUUUUGGUGGGGCAAGGGUUCAAACAGGUAAAUUGUUAGAGUUCUUGACAACUUCUUGCUGCACACACUUGAGUUUUAUGGACCCUGGGCCUGAGGGUAAACUGUACAGUGAUGACUAUGAUGACAGUUAUGAAGAACUGGAAUCUGGCUACUGGAUGGAUGAUAACUUUGACUCAACCAGAAAUGCUCGUUGUGGUGAUGAAGUUGCUCGCUAUUUAGAUCACCUUUUGGCACACACUACUCCCCAUCCUAAAUUACCCCCUACCUCACAAAAGGGAGGGAUAGAUCAGUUCCGAGCUGCUGUGCAAACAACCUGCGACUUAAUGUCCUUGGUGACCAAGGCCAAGGAGCUGCAUGUACAGAAUGUUCACAUGUAUCUUCCUACGAAGUUAUUUCAGGCUUCUCGGCUUUCAUUCAGCUUACUUGACUCACCUCAUCUCCCACAGGAAGACCAGGUUCCCUCUGUUCGUGUAGAAAUGCAUCUUCCUAGAGACAAGUCUGGGGAGGUGGACUUCAAAGCACCGGUUUUACAGUUGAAGGAGAGCCCAAGCUUACAGGAGCAAGCUGAUACCCUCUACAUGCUGUAUACCAUGAAAGGACCUGACAGGGACACUGGAUUGUACGAUGAAGGGGAUGCUACAGUCAGAGGACUUCUUACUGAACUAUAUGGCAAAGUUGGAGGAAUUCGACACUGGUGCCUGAUCGAAUACAUAUCUGGGAUAUUAAGGAAGAAGGUGGAAGCCCUUGAUGAGGCCUGCACAGACCUUCUCUCCCACCAGAAACACUUGACGGUAGGACUCCCUCCAGAACCUCGAGAAAAGACCAUCUCUGCACCUCUGCCUUAUGAAGCACUCACUCAGCUGAUAGAUGAAGCCAGUGAAGGGGACAUGAGCAUCUCAGUCCUUACACAGGAAAUAAUGGUAUAUCUAGCCAUGUAUAUGCGAACCCAGCCUGGCCUUUUUGCUGAAAUGUUUCGACUUCGAAUUGGUCUGAUCAUACAAGUUAUGGCCACAGAACUGGCCCACUCCCUUCGAUGCUCAGCUGAGGAAGCCACAGAGGGCCUGAUGAAUCUCAGUCCUUCAGCUAUGAAGAGUCUCCUUCAUCACAUACUCAGUGGCAAGCAGUUUGGAGUGGAUCGAAGUGUUCGUCCUACUGAUUCAAAUGUCAGCCCUGCUAUUUCUAUCCAUGAGAUUGGUGCUGUUGAAGCAACCAAAACUCAACGAACUGGGAUUAUGCAGUUAAAAAGUGAGAUAAAACAGGUGGAAUUACGUAGACUGUCUGUCUCAACUGAGAGUCAGUACAAUGGUGGUCACCCCCUGGGUAUAGAUUUGAUGUCACCAUCACUUCUGUCACCAGCAGCCUCUAUUACUCCAAAUAGUGGAUCCUUUCCUAGCACACAUGGUCAGCAAACAUCUAAAGAUAAUCAACAAGGUCAAUGGCAACGCCGAAGAAGGCUGGAUGGAGCACUGAACAGGGUCCCAAUUGGAUUUUAUCAAAAAGUAUGGAAAGUUUUGCAGAAGUGUCAUGGACUUCCUGUGGAAGGUUUUCUUCUUCCUUCUUCAACUACUAGAGAGAUGACUCCAGGCGAAAUUAAAUUCUCUGUUCAUGUUGAAUCUGUCCUGAAUCGUGUACCUCAGCCAGAGUACUGUCAGCUUCUGGUUGAAGCCAUCCUUGUCCUCACCAUGUUGGCAGUUGAAGUUAAUAGCAUUGGAAGCAUCAUUGCUGUGGAAAAAAUAGUGCAUAUUGCCAAUGACUUGUUCCUUCAAGAACAGAAAACCCUUGGUGCAGAUGAUGUCAUGUUGGCAAAGGAUCCUGCGUCUGGCAUCUGUUCUCUUCUAUAUGACAGUGCACCCAGUGGCAGGUUUGGCACCAUGACCUACCUCUCCAAAGCAGCUGCUACCUAUGUGCAGGAGUUCCUACCCCACAGCAUCUGUGCCAUGCAGUGAGAGCUUUGGGUCCUGGCUGCUGGGAGCCUUCUGACAGCUGGUCCCUACCUCUGUUGGUUUACUCUGAAAUGAAUAUUGCCUGAACUGAAAUGUUAUUGCCUGAUCGCUCCUACCCUGCACCUUUCUAGCCCAUCCCUCCCAAGGAGAAAACCUUUUCCGAUGAACUUAGCUGCUUUAGAAGAACCCUUACUUGAUGGCUCACUUCCAGUGUGUGUAUGCUCAACCAGGUGUUCCACUGUUGGCCUUAAAUUUUUAUAGUUCAUAGAAGUUUGCAUGUAUUAUUGGUCCCUCUAUGUCUGUUACCCACUUAGUUCUCUAACUCCUGGUUAGGGAGUGAGUAUGAAUAAUAACUUAUUCCUAAAUGUUGGUUUUUGUUAUCUAUGGUUUUAUUGUAUAUAUGAAUGGUGGGUGCUUUGAAACAUUAUUUCAAGUUUGUAACCCUAAUUUGUCAGAUUUUAUGCCACUAUAAAUUGGAAAUGUCUACUCAAA